UAGGAGGCAGCGACUUUGCUGCCACCUAGUGGUUGUCCGAAUUUUUGCAGGCCAGGUUUGAUGGGCUAAAAGUUGUUAAAUUGACGAAAUAACUGUGUUUGGACGUUGGAAAGCAUCGGCGCCGCUUUCUUUUUUUUUUAAACGGGUUGAGGAAGAUGAUUUGAUGUUAUUUUUUUUGUAAAGAUUAUCUUAUUUCUCCCACCCUCGGAGUACCUUAGGAACAAGAUUUCCCUCCGGUCAACGCUUGGCGCAUGCGCAAGAGCGGUGGCUGGCUUGAGACGCCUUUUGCGCAUGCGUUAUUGGAUAGCGUCACUUCAGAUCCCUUGACGAGAUCCUCUGGUCGCGCGUGCGCAACGAAGUCGAGUCUGGGCAAGCAUUGAAGGGGUUGUUAUUUUGUUUUGUUUAUAAAAAGAGCCGGGCGAGUUAGAAUAAACCUGAUCGAUGCUUUCUCCGCGUUCAAAAGAGAAAGUGCAGAUCCGCCGCCGCAGAGAAGCAGCUCCGGCGAGAGGGUAGAGAGGCGCUCGGGCGCAUGCGCAGAAGGAACCGCCGCUGGUUAAUGGAGGUCGCUUUAUGCUAGAGGCUGCUUCUCUUCUUCCCCGUCGCUUGUUUCAGAGUCAAGAUGGCCUCCCAACGGUUGACACGGGAGUCUUUCGAUGCAAUCAUGCAGGUCAAGGCAAAACGAUAUCUGGACCGAAGUGAUCCAAUUGAUGAGGCGCUUCAUCAACUUAGAGUUCACUCGCGGCCAGUCACACGGGCCCAGUACGACGAGGAGGAGGAAGAAUUUCAAGACGGUGGGAAGUUCAUGCGGGCUGACUGGAGGAAAGACACUAGAAAUGAAUACUCGCUGCCUUCCUAUAGGUCCAGCAGCCACGUCACAGAGGAGGAGGAUUACUUUGCCAAAAGUAGCGCCAAACUCUCCUCACAGAAUCGGGACUACAGCCAGCUAACUUCAUACGAACCAGACUAUGGAAAUUCGUCGGCCGUGGAAAGAGAUUAUGCUGGCCCAUCUUCCCGAGAUCGGGACUAUGACAACGCUGCCUCAAGGGAACGGAAAUAUAGCCACACUCCCAUUCGAGACCCUUCCAGACGCCGUGAGGCUGACUUUGAUUCAUCAGAACUGUUGGGCGACUUCAGAUCAACACGGCUUCUGGAGGAGAAUUACAGGACUGCCUGUAGUCAGAAUUAUGAUCUGGAGCAUGGCCUCGAGACGGAGGGAGAAUUCAGCUCCGCUUUGAAUGCUGGGAGGGGAAGAGGUCUCCCAGGGAAACGUGGGAUGGCCACUAGAGGCCUAGUCAGAAGUAAAGAGGAGCUGACCGCUCACCUCAAGAAAUGGGCCACUAAGGCUUUGUCCCCAGCAGAUGAUCUUCUGUUAAAUCCUCUGGGUCUUGCCAAGCCACGAACGAUACCUUCUCUUCACCCUCCACAAAUCCAAAGGCCAGGUCUGGCCUCUCUAAAGGGUCUACAGCAAGAGGGAGCUCUGAAACCUACAGGGUACCUCCGGAUCAAAGAGCCCGACUUAGAACUUCUAGAUUCUUCGGAUAUUUUUGCCAAUUUUGGGGUUGAAAUCAUCAAAUGGGCUGGGUUCUAUGAAAUUAAGAGAGACCCGGAGUAUGCAGAACUUUUCCGUUUGCUCUUCACGUUAGAGACAGAGACCUGCGCCAAAAUGCUGGCAUCGUUUAAGUGCUCGCUGAAAACGGAGCACCAAGAUUUCUGUAUGAACAGCGUUAAGACGCUGCAACACCCAGCUCUGAGAACCCCUAAAGUGGACAGCCAGUUUCUGAACCUGCUGUUGGAGAAAAGGGUGAUGGUGACCAAGAAUAGUUUUUUUGAGGUCAUUAAGCCUUUCGACCGGUACAUGAUGCGGCUGCAGGACUACCUGCUCAAGAGCACUACGCCUCUGCUGAUGGCCUGCAACGCCUAUGAGCUCAGAAUCAAAACUAACAGCUUCAGUAACACAGGGAAGAUGGCCGCCGCUUUUCAGACUACGAUGUCCCUCUGCCGGAAAUCCUUGGCCCUCCUGGGCCAAACCUUCGCUCUGGCCUCUGCCUUCAGGCAGGAAAAAAUCCUGGAGGCCCUCAGCGUCCAGGAUUCGGCCCCUCCUCCUACCUUAUAUCCCAAUUUUGACACUUCUGCCUUGUUUGGGAAAGAAUAUAUAGAAACCUUGCAAAGUUGGUUGGAGAAAAGUGGCUGCCAGAUGCAGUUAAAGAGAUCAGCUGCCAGUCCUCCAGCUCAGGCCUCACAACGUGCUGAUAGGAAAGUUGUUGAGACGAUUGAAAAGCUAGUGAAUACGAUGGUCUCCGGCACAUUAACAGGGAAAGAGAAGGCUGAACUGAAACACAACCCGGAGUAUUGGUUUCUCCUUGAGGAGGAAAGCCUCGAAUACAAGUACUACAAGCUGAAGCUGGAUGAGACGGAGAGGCUGAUGUCUGCAGCCAAGGAAGAAACCAAAGACAAGAAGACCUCUGAGCAGCAAAUCUCAGAAGUUGUGAGGAUCCUUUUGUACAGGAGGAAAGUAGCGAGGAUCAAGAAGAACCUCUUUCAGAGGAGAAGGCCUGGGAUCCUGCAACGAGCUGUGAGGGCCAGAAGAGCCAAGAAAUCCACCACCGGAACCCAGACGCUCUUAUCUGCCGGGUCGGUGCUGAAGCAGCAAGCACCGACACACACACCCAUGUCCAGUCCCGACAGGGACAAAUCCGACGGUGAUCAAGAAGAGAUGCUGUCCCUAAAGGAAACUUCAGGAGAAACGGACUUGCUGAGGCUUUCCGAAAAUUCCCCGUCUUUGAUGAGCCAAUUCCCUGACGUGGACCCGAAAGUCAUGGUAACAGCUCAGAAGCUGGCUGAAUUCGUUGCUGAGGUUGGGCCGGAAAUUGAGCAGUUCAGCAUUGAUAACAGUGCCGAUAAUCCAGACUUGUUAUUUCUGCAGGAUCCAGAGAGUUCUGCCUUCAAGUUUUAUCGCAUGAAAGUCCAUGAAUUAUGCCCCUCUAUCAGCUUCAGUGAUAAGCAGGAAUCUGGUGGCUUCCAUGAAAGGUCUGAACCAAAGGAAAGCGAAUGGGGAAACCUGGAGGAGGGAGAAGGGGACGAGGAAGAAGAGGAGGACGAGGAAGAGGAGGAGGAGGAAGAAGAAGCUCCCCAAGCUGACAUGGGAGAUGAAGAGGGAGAUGAAGAGGAGGAGGAAGCUGCAGAGCCAACUGAGGAGCUAGACGAAGCCAUGUUGGAGGAGGGGCUUAUGAAAGCAGAGCAUUCAAAUACCGCUGAAGAAGGAGGAGAGACCAGUGGCCUUUCAGAGCCAACGGCACAGGCACCCAUGCAGGGCACCCCCUUUGGGCGCAAGAGAAUCAGUAGCAAAUCCCUGAAAGUGGGCUUGAUCCCAGCCUCAAAGAGAGUGUGUCUCAUAGAUGAACCAACAGUGCAUGAUCCGGUGCGGAUCUCUUAUGACCGACCUCGUGGCUAUCCUUCGUAUAAAAACAAGAAGCAACAGAAAACAAAGGAUUUGGAAUUCUAUAAUAAGAGACUAAAUGAGAAGAACAUUGGCUUCCAAAUACUUCAAAAAAUGGGUUGGCAAGAAGGGCAUGGCCUCGGGUUACAUGGCAAAGGCAUCCAGGAACCUGUCAAAGUGGGCUCUACCUCGGCAGGGGAGGGCUUGGGUGUUGCAGGGAAGAACAAAGAGGAUACCUUUGCUACGUUCCGUCAGAGAAUGAUCCAGAUGUACUAUAUGAAAAGAGCCAAUAAAUAGGUGACGAUUGGACCUAUUCAGGUAACAUCUCUUUUUUUCCAUGAGUCUUUCAAAGCAGCCAUAAAUAUGACAAAGACUUACGUUAAUCAAAUAACGUCUUGUACCAUAAAGAUUCUUAUGUGUAAAAUCCAUCUUAAAAACUGAUUAUCGACGGCAUUCGGAUUUGAAUUUAGAAUUCUUGCAGAUUAAUCAUACUUCUUAAUUCAUAUUAUCUGGAGUUCUGGGUAGCAUGUUUGCCAUCAAAUUUGUCCAGUCUUUCAGUUUUUCUAUUAUUGUCUCCAGAAGAUGUCUUCAUCUUGUUGGUAUUACCUUUUUUUUUUUUAAUUUCAAUUCUCACAGCCAUGGAGUUUCUUUUCCCACCACAUUCCACUUUGGGGUAGGGUUUGAAAUAUGCAUGAUUCUCCACACUUGUUUUCAUUAAAAAAAAAACUUGUGAUAGCAUAUAUUGCAGUAUCUUGUUUGGUAUUCUCCUAGCUACUUUCUUGAGACAAGCUUUAGAGCUCCAGGAAAUGCCAAAUAAAAUCAUGGCAUAGAAUAAAAGCUUUGAAGAUCAUGCUAGCAAGCAGCCAAUGACCUCUUCCAUCACUUUCUAAGAUGCUCAGAAGCCAUUGAUACAAACCAGCUGCUUCAUUACUUGAAUCAAAAGAUUUGCAAGUACAUUUGAAUUCUUGAAGAAUUCUAAGUAAUUCCCAUCCUUCAGGCUUUUGGGGUCCAAUCCCAUCAAAUGGACACCGCCUUGAAGUCUAGACACCAUCCUGAUAUCUUUUUCUUUUCUAGCUCCUUAGUUUUAGGGCUGUUGGUUUCUCUUUCCUGUACAUAGCAGAGCAUUGCCUAUGUUUGCCUGCUAUCAAAGCUACUAGUUUGAUCUGUAAGCUUGAAAUACUCUACAGACGUGCAACUUCUACUGGGGUUAAACCAUCAUUUUUUUUUAAAAAAAAAAGGUUUUGUUUAAUGGUCAACUUUCCUAUUCUUUCAAGUUGCUUAAAAACAUUUUCUCUCUCAACUUCAGAAUUUGCUGCGAUUUUGAGAUGAAAUUACACGGGAGGUGGGGCGCUUUCUCAAUCCAGUUUUUCUGUGCCCAUUGUGGGCCAAAACUGAGCUGUCAUUUCUUGGGAGGCAUCAAUUGUGGGCCAAAACUGAGCUGUCAUUUCUUGGGAGGCAUCAACUGAAGGCUUGAUAAAUCUCCAGACAGGGGAAGUGAUGGUUUCUUUGAACCCAGUUUUGAUGAGGGUGACCCUGCUGAUUUCAGCUUGUUUCAGAGCUGCCUGGGUAUAUCAUGAACACUUGAACAUUUUAAAAUACCAACUCUCUUAUUUAGGGUGGCGACAAAAGGAGAAAAACAUUUACCUCCAACACUCCCAGAUUAUUGCGAUUCUAAUCAGUCUUCCUUGUAUGAAGAUUUGAUAUGAGCUAAAAAUGAUACAGCAGCAGCACUGAUGCUUUUAAGGUGCUGCUUUUCAAUCGAUCCUCUGUUAGAUAUUUGGGUUUCUUACAAAGCUUCAGGGUUUUUUUUGUUUCUUUGUUUGUCUGUCUGUUUUCAAUCCUGCUUUUUAGCAGGCAACAUCUACCAGCAAAAAACUUUAAUGCAUUUGCAAAAACUAAAAACGUUUUUUUAAAAAAUUCAGUUUCGAUCUGUGUCAGUUCACUACCUUUUCUGUUAUUCUAGUUUUCCAGGCUCUCUGAUACGAAGAUCAGAAGCAUCCAAGAACCUUUUUCUCUCCCGUCACUCGGGGGUGUGUCUCUCUUCUGUGUCACUUUUGGUUUGGAAUGUGGCAUUUUUGAAGUCCUCAGUCAGAUUUUUUUUUUUUUCCUUUCUUCUUGUGAAACUUAUCAGUAUUGAACAGUAAUGAAUAGCAAAUUGUUAGUCAACGAUUGAUCUUAACAUUUCUUUUAAAAUAUCUUAAUGGCAUGUAAUCCUUUUACCAAGAUCUAUAAUAAAU